GAACGAUAGAAGGCCUGGGCAGAAGGCCUUGACAGAAGGCCCGUCCUGUGACGAUGGACAAGACGGCAGGCUUGCAUUGCCAAAACGCGGCGAAUUCGACGCGUUGUCGUGGUAGUUGUGUUGGUCAUGCUGCGCGGCGGACGAGGUGGUGGAUAUGGACAGGGGUCGGGUGGACUUGGUCGUGGCGGCCGAGGAGGCGGUGAGUUUGGACCUGGUCCGGCUGGUCGGUGCUUCGUCUGCGGGAGCGUCAUGAACCAGCUGCGAGAUGGCCGUCGUCGCUGCCCAUACCACGACCAACACUUCGCAACGGUCUACCACCAGACGAGUCUCAAAGGCUGGCUGGGCAUCCGCGUAUGCGAGGGAGGGAGGCGGGGGAGGCGAGAAGGGAGGGAGGUUUGCGCCAAAUCAUGCUGCCUGUGUGUCUAUUUCCGUUCAGGAGGAUGGAUACAUCCAUGGGAGCGUCAGUGACGGCAUGAUCUACGCCUCGCCCACACCGGAGAAGACCUUCUCCUGCGCUCGCCACAAGUACGACAGACACACAGAUCUGUAUGCACCACGACCCUUCCUGCAUCGUCUGCAUUGUGUAUGUGGUUAGGGGCAUCAUCCUGGAGAUUUCCGUCCGCCGUUCCUACCUGGACUUCACCUGCACCGAGCCUGGCAAGGUCCGCUUCAGCCCCAAAAAGGACUACAACAUCAACAAGAGCGUCAUGGUGGGCGAUACCCCUGACUCCGUCCCUCACAGUCGCCAGUGGACCAACGAGCACAUCCAGGUCAGACACCUGGUGGGAUGCACCUGCGGAUGCACCCCUAGCAGCGGUGGAAACGGGGUGUGAGGAGGGACAAGGAGGGGGAGGGGAGAGGAGAGGGGCUGGGGGAUGGUAGCGUGGUGCUGGUGUGAUUUUAUCCAUUCUCUUGGGUGUCCGUGUGCCUCGUGGGUCCAUGUUCAUGCAUGCCCCUGUUUGUCUGGCUGAAGAAAACGGCACUGCAGGAGGUCUCAUAUAUACUGUGUGUGUCUUUAUGUGCACGAGGCAAAUGGCCUCGUUUCUGUUUUGUCCCGCACGUCUUUUGCGUUUGUCGAGAGAGGGUGUCGCGUGUGUGUGUCGCGUGUUGGUCGAUUCAUGCACACAGCCCGGGCUGCCGAAGGCACUUGGGCGCCGUUUCUCUCGUGGUUGCGAUGUGAUGAUUAGGCCGGCUUGCCUCUCGGCUGGAUGGUGCUGAUGUAUAUUUGUACACGACUGGAUGGCUGGUUUUUGAUUGAAGUGCGUUCCAACGAGGGCAUGUAGGUAGCAACUCACCACCGUAAGCAGUGCUCACGUCUGUCUGUCUGUCUGUCUGUUGGUCUGUACGCACACAUCUAUCCGUCCACCCACACCUACGUGUUGAGUGCAAUGUCCUUGUGUGAAUGUGUGUAUUUGCGUCUGUGUCACUUCUGUGUGCGCGGCUUGUGAUCAUGAGUCUGACAAUCAGCUCACCCAGUCGGCUGCAUCAUCGAUGCACUGGCUGGUGUGCCGAUGUUGGCCCCGGUCACAGGCAGCGCAUACAGGAGACACAUGCACGUGUGCAAGACAUUCCAUGAGGACACGCAAUUCAACGCCUUGUUUUUUA